AUGGCAUCAAGCAAUCACGCCCUCGUCAUCGGUGCAUCGGGCCUUAUCGGUUGGGCUGUGGUCGAGCAAUUGCUCCAGCAUCCAGCAUUCGGCCAUGUUACAGCCCUCGUGAACAGGCCGCUAUCGAUACAAGAUUCGUUCUGGCCCUCACACGCUACUGGAUAUCCGACGCUUUCACUGGUAUCUGGUGUGAAUCUGCUCUGCUCUGACGCCGAGUUUCUAAGCCUUCUGCAAGAGAAGGUCACCAACGGAGACACCAUAAGCCACGUCUUUUAUUUCGCCUUCAAAGAGGACCCGAACGAUGAGACAGAAGCGCGCCUAAACGUCAGCAUGAUGCGUCGAGUUGUGCGAGGCGUAAACAGCAUCUCUUCGAAGCUUCAGGCCUUCGUAUAUCCAGGCGGCACUCGAGGGUACGGUAUUUAUCUUCCAGGUGGCAUCUUCAGCGCACCACUCUCUGAAGAGAUGGCAGAUAACCUACCAGAAUCRUACAAGAAGACAGUUGCAUAUCCCUAUUAUCGAGCGUUACUUACCGAAGAGAGCCAGAACUCAAGUUGGACCUGGUGUGAGCUCUGCCCUGAUGCCAUCAUUGGAUUCACUCCCAACGGCAGUGGCUUCUCUCUGGCAGGACACUGGGCGGUAUAUCUCUACGCAUACAAGCUUGUCUACGGUGAAGGAGCAAACGUUCCAUUUCCCGGUGUAGCUGCGGGCUACGACUCAUUGUACACGGAGACUUCGGCCAAAACGUUGGCGAAGGUAGCAAUUUUCGCCUCGCUCCAUCCCGAGGAUUUUCGAGAGAGAAUCUUCAACGUGGCAGACAACGCCCAGCCUGGGUCGAUGCGAGAGCGCUGGCCACAAAUUGCGAGCUGGUUCGGCUUGAAGGGUGUACCGCCGCCCGAGAACGCGAGCGCAUCUGAUAUGAAGCCAAGCGAGUUCAUCAAGCAACAUCGGGAGAAGCUAGAUGCUCAGGGCGUGAAGGGGGUCGAAAUCUGGAACUCAAAGCAGCUGGAUUCCUAUGGAUACUGGUUGACGUUCGAUCGCCACUUGUGUCUCGAUCGAUUAAGGGCGGCAGGUUUCCAUGAGGAGAGCAGACCAGAAGARGGCUGGUGGGAAACAUUCGAAAUGUUCAAGAAGGCGGGCAUGAUCCGUUGA